GUCACCUCCAGGAGCAGUUAGUGUUAGAAGACAGCGUGUACAUAGCCGAGAGCAACAGAAAGUACUACCUAUCAUUGUAAAUGUGAUGGUCUGCUUCUGAGUCACUGAGAUGAUAUUGCUGGGCUAUUCUGUUUUGCUCCUACUGUGGACAUGUACUGCAGAAAAAGAUUGUGAAACUCCACCUCCUAGAAGAACUAAGGAAAUACUUACAGAAACCUGGGACAAGGCAUCCUAUCCACAUGGUACUUUAGCAACUUACAACUGUCGACCUGGGUACAUAAAACUUGGUCGUGUUACAUUUCAGUGUACAAAUGGUGUGUGGAAACAUGUCCCCCCAUAUGUGGAAUGUAGAAACAAGCCCUGUGGCCAUCCUGGAGAUAUUCAGUUUGGCUCCUUUGAACUUACUGCUGGAACAGAGUUUGUAUUUGGUGCUCGCGUUGAGUACAAAUGUGAUGAAGGUUAUCAGAUGCUCAGCCAAAGAAAUUUCCGUGAGUGUCAGGCAGAUGGAUGGAGCAAUGAACUCCCCCACUGUGAAGUGAGCAAGUGUUUACCAGUAAAUGCACCAGAAAAUGGAAAAAUCCUUGCAGCUGGUGUAUAUGAGGCAAACCAAGAAUUUUCCUUUGGCCAAGUUGUACAGUUUGAAUGUAAUAAAGACUAUAAACUUUCUGGAUCUAAAGAAAUACAUUGCUCAGCUGAUGGAAAUUGGAAUGCUGCUGUACCUACAUGCAUAGUGAUAACCUGCGAACCACCAGGAAUUAAUAAUGGAAAUUUAAUGACUCCAAUGAAAGUUUACAGGGAGAAUGAACGAUUGCAGUUUAUUUGUAAUGCUGGAUAUACAUUCGGUGAAAGAUCUGAUGCAGAGUGUACAGAAUAUGGAUGGCGUCCAGAACCAUUUUGUAAAGAAAUUAGAUGUGAUCCUCCAAUAGUGACUAAUGGAAUCUACGACCCCGCACAAGAAGUGUUCAGAGAAUUGGAAGUAAUCAGAGUGCACUGUAAUCAAGGAUUUCACUUUGAAACGGACAAUAGGGAGAAGACAGCAGAAUGCACAAAGAAUGGUUGGUUACCUAUUCCAAGAUGUAUCUUGAGACCCUGUGACUACCCAAAUAUAGAAAAUGGAGCAUUAACUGACUAUUAUGAACGUUACAAAGAACGAACCUUUCCAGCACAGUUAGGCUUGUCAAUUUACUACAGAUGUCUUGAUGGUUACGUAUCUGAAAAAGAGGAGGACUGGACUCAGAUCAGUUGUACUAGAGGGGGCUGGUUUCCUGCGCCAAAAUGCCUUAGUAAGUAAACAUAUGUUUGUAUU